AUGCUCCUUUUCAGGGCCCCGGUGGCCCAAGCUGUCUUCCGCACCAAUGGCUGGAGAUUUGCCCUGUCACAGGCAGGCCCGCUGCUGACCCGUAACUACUCGUCCGACGUCAAGGAAUUCAAGCAAGAAGCCGACACCAACGAGUCUGACGACUCUGCAUCCACCACAGGAGUGAUUGACCAGGAGCUGAGCGAGACUGUGUUGUACUUUGACCAUGUCUAUCCAUGGAGCACCUCCAACAGCAACAUCAAGCAAUACUUGAGGUUCGUUCUUUCGCCAAUACAAAAUGGGUUCAGCAAGGAAGAUGUUCAUAACAAGAUCACAAAACUCUCGUCGCCCUUGCCCCUGGGUGCCAAGAUUACCGACUUGGUUCCUCUCCAAAGGGACUGUGGGGCUUUUGUCAAGUUCCAGGUCCCCAAGGACGUGACCACCAAGGACUUUAUUGUUCAGAUCAAGAGCAACUUGCAAAAGCAUCGUGACCAGUACAACCAGAACAUUUUCAGGAAGGUCUUCAACAAGAUGUACCACCAUUUUCCUUCUGUCUACGCGGUCAAAGGUACUCCGUGGAUCGAGGACUUGAGGAGGUUUCCCAGUCUGAAAUUGAAGGUCAUUUUCGAAGGCCCUUCCUUGACCGAGGAAGAAUUAUACGUAUUGUUCAGAAGAUACGGGCUUAUCGUCGAUAUCAUUCCCGGAUCCGAAUCGGCAACUCUCAUUUUCCGGCUGAUAAGAUCUGCCAUCUGUGCUAAGAAUUGUGUCACAGGCAUCACUCUUAACAAGGCGGAAACCACAUUGCACUUGCAGUACAUUCCAAUCAAGAGAGUUAACUAUAUCGCAGACUUCGUUAUCAACCAUCAAAGAAUCGCUAUUCCAGUUAUCAUUGCCUUGUUAGCUACAAUUGCCGUCUUGAUUUUUGACCCGAUCAGAGAAUGGUGUAUUGAACAAAAAAUCACCAAGAAAUUUUACCUUAGCUCUUACAAAGACAACAAGUUUGUCAAGUGUAUGUCCAGUCCUUUUAAAACUAUCAAAUCAUGGUUGAACAACAGUUACGACUAUAUUGAUCAGCAAAUCCACGCUUUGGAAGGGGAUAAACACGAGGAAGAUUCAGACCCUGCCGUAGAGCUGAAAAUGGGCACCUUAUGGAGCGAGCGGUUUGAGAAGGCAAAGCAACUAAAGUUGUGGAUCUAUGAGAAUAUCAACACUUAUAUCGUCAUUAAAGGACCAAAGGGCUCAGGAAAGGAAGAGUUUGUGCUCGAACAUGCAUUGACUGAUGAUCAGAACUUGAACCGUCAUUACCUUGUUGUCAAUUGUGAUGCCUUGAGCAAGUCAAGGUCAGAUUCCUCAUUGAUUAGAAAUGCUUCUAAUGAGUUAGGUUAUUUUCCAGUUUUCACCUGGGCGAACUCUAUCUCUCAAUUCAUUGACUUAGGUGUGCAAGGUUUAACCGGGCAGAAGUCUGGCUUGAGUGAAAGUAAAGAGAGUCAAAUCAAGAACAUGUUCUCAUUAACAAGCCAAGCUAUAAGAAAGGUUGCAUUGGCCGACUAUGAAAAGUACAAAAAGUCGGUAGUGAAGAAGAAUAGUAAAAUUCCUGAGGGACAAGAAAUGAUCCAAGUACUCAAAGAAGACGAAUACUUGCAACACUUCCCUGAAGUAAAACCUAUUAUCGUCGUCAAUCACUUUGCAAGAAAGUCGGAGUCCACAGCAAAUGAUUUCAUUUAUCCCAUGGUUGCGGAGUGGACUUCUAACUUAAUUCAAAAUAACCUUGCCCAUGUCAUUUACAUCACUUCGGACGUUGGUAGUAUCCAACAUUUGAACGACUCUUUACCAAACCAGGUUUUCAAGACAAUCUCAUUAUCUGAUGCCUCCAGGCAAAAUGCUAAACAAUACUUGCUCAACCAAUUGAAAUUGCAAGACUCUAGGUCUAUCGAGGGUUGUUUGGAGCCAUUGGGUGGUAGAAUGUUGGAUUUACAAUCGUUUGUGAGACGUAUUAAGUCAGGCGAAGCUCCACAAGAUGCCAUCGAGGAAAUGGUUAGUCAAGCUGCCGAACAGAUUACAACUUUCUUCUUGAACAAUCAUAGAUUGGAUAAAGAUGUGGAUAACAACUGGACCCCUGCCCAGAUUUGGACAAUUAUGAAGCUCUUAACGGAGUGUGGUGAAAUUAACUACGAGAAACUCGUGAACUUUCCAUUGUUUAACAAUUCCGAUGACACUUUGUCGACCUUGAGUACCUUGGAAAAGUUUGAUUUGAUCAGUUUGACUAGAGAUAAGGGAAUGCUCGACAAGAUUCAAAUGGGUAGGCCAUUGUUUAACGCUGCUUUCAAGAACUUGAUUGAAGAUCUCAGAAUUUAUAAGAUGUAUGAGAUAGAUUUACUUCAAAGUUUGAUCAAAGUGGAAAACGCUAAAAUCAAGAAACACGAAGAAGAAUUGAUUGCUAUUAGUACUGUUGGAGGCGUGGAAAACAGACUCAGCUAUUUGACCAAGAAGAUAGAAAGUAGUAAUUCCACCGUUGUUGAAUAUGAAUCCAAGAUUGCUGAAAUCAAGAAGAUGAAAGAAAAGACUGAAGGAAGAGGGUUCUUUAAAUUAUUUUAA